UUCCACAACAACAAGAAGCUCAGAAACAAGGAAGUGUCAAGCCGUAAGCUGAAACAAGGCCAAGACAAGAUACACAAGAGUUCUGCUCAAUCCGAUGUUCSUUGGCCUCCACAACAGUCCACAACAAUGAAUAACAAAGGUUCAUAUCCACAGCAGGCUGUGUACCCUCAGCAGAGCUCUGCACCUGUAUACCCUCCUGCUAUGCAAAUGUCUCCUCAGGCACCUCCUUACUCAGACACACCACCUGCAUAUUCUGAGAUAUACCAGCCCAGAUAUGUGCUUCCUCAGGUGCCUGGUCAGGUGCCUCAGAUGUCCUCCCCCUACCCUGGUGCUCAGGUGUAUAUGCCCAUGCAGCCUCCCAUGCCGGUUGGUCCGGUGGGCCAGAACGUCCCCAUGGCCUACUAUCCCAUGGGAGCCGUGUACCCGCCUGGAUCGACAGUGAUGGUGGACGGUGGCUUUGACGCUGGUGCUCGUUUCACAGCCGGCAGCAGCGUUUCCAUCCCACCCCCACCUCCUGGACACCCCCCUAACGCAGCUCAACUGGCUGCCAUGCAGGGUGCCAACGUUGUCAUGACGCAGCGCAAGAACAACUUCUUCCUGGGUGGAUCCAGUGGAGGGUAUACCAUCUGGUAACAGCAGCUAUCCCCCUCCUUGUUCAUGCCUAAACCGUGACUCCCGCCCACCCCCCCCAUCCCAGAUAACUCCCCAGUUCCUCCCUUACUCCAUACGCCUUCCUCUUCAGGCUGCUUGGCCAUGCCACAAUACUGAUAUCACCUAACGGAAUGUAAUAUUUUAGAGCCCUUGUGAAAGGUACAGUACUCCACUUCUGACCUAGAGAUCAAAAGAAACCCGUCGCCACCUGGAGAGGAGAUCAAAAUGCAGAAUUUAAACGUAAGAAUCUGUCAGUGAUUUUUCAUUGGAUCAAAUCUCUCCGAUCAUUUCCCCCCGAUUUGAACUUCCUUCAGGCGUCCGUUUCUGUUCAGGAGACCCGUUCUCCUUGGAUGGAACGGUCGCAAAACAACACCGAGAUGUUCUUGUGAAACUUACGUAGGUGAAACCGUCAAACACCAGACUGCAUUAUAUAGUUUAGCUGCUUUAUAGUGAAAGUAAAACGCAAAACAACAAAGUUACAGUCAAAGCGCAAAUAAAAAGAAAUCUCCACCUGUCUUUUUUUUUUAAUCUUUAGUGUAGUUGAAAUAAUAGGUGUGUAAUAGUUCUGUGUAAAUACCAGUAUGAUGAUCAUGAGAUGAUACAUCUCAGCUGUAUAAGAAUUAAAAAAUAAUAAUAAAAAAAUUGGCAUCCUGGAUGCUUUUAGCUAGAAUUGUCGUGUCUUUUGCACAGUAUCAAAAAUACCGCAUCAAAUUUGUUGCACAGUGAACYGUCUGAGCGAUAGUUCUAUUUUAAUCUGUUGUAAAAUAAAUCAAUUUAAAUCAAAAACUUAAAAAAAAUUUAAUGCAAUAUCUUAAGUGGUUUACUGUACCUUGUUGGGCAACUCGUAGAUGAACAUAGUUAAGUGCCAAAGAGCACUGGGGAUAGCCCUGAAUCGAAGCAAAUUCACUUCAGUAAACUUAAAGGAAAGAAAUUCUAAGUAAAUCCAAAUAGGAAGAUGAACGUUAGGAGGUGGUUGGUGUAACAUUUGAACUUCUGUAUUCUGUUUCACAGUCGGAUACCCAGAGAUUAUCACUAAAUGUUUGUUUUUAUUUCACUUUGUAUAAUUUAGCUUCAGUCACAUUACAGUACUCAUUCUGUUUGAAAAUGUUUUUCUUUUGAAGAGAAUUUAUUAAAUUUCUUUGACGUGGUUUGUUUUUGUAURUGUGUGUGUGUGUCAACAUUCAAGUGAUUUACACAAGUAGUUAGCCUAAUUUGAUAGUAUAACCAAUGAGCUGGUUGUACCAAAGAUCUGUUCAGCCGGUGGCGUCAAAUUUUCCACUUUUCAAAUCCAGCACGUCCUCGAAGACGACGCCGGGACACAGCUGGCUCCGUCGGUCUGCCGCGACUGCAAUCAUCGCCGUGUCGGCGUCGCUCUGCGUGGGUCACUUGCGUCUGAGUCGCUGCACACUUUUGCACCUUUUUUUUUUUAUGUUUUAUUCUGAAAUGCACUGCUGAGCAAAACCGAGGGGGCCACAGACGAGAGUCUCUUUUUUUUUUUACAUCCUGUUUUUAUGACUUUUGAAAAAAGGCUGUGACUUUUUGUUGAGCGUUUUUAGUUUUUGAAAUACAUUGUACCAUUUCUAAAUAAUGUAAAGAUGUUAACCAGCCUGAAAGUGUAUGCAAAACCUUUUGCAACGAGGCUGCAGGUUCAUAAACAAGUCAGUUUUUGUGCUCUGGAGUCUUUCCAUGAUGCUGUAUCUGGCGAACCUAAAUGAAGCAUUUGAGGCUAGAKAAGUUAUCAGUAUGGAUGUUCUCGUCUAAUAUCUGUUUGUCAUGGUGAAAGUGUUGCUGGGUAUCCGACGUACACAUUCAACUUUUAAUAGCUGUGGCUUCCAGAAGACAGGCUGUUACUGUUAAUCUGACGAUUUCAGUAUUUUAAUCUCAAACCGGCUUCAUUUAUCUGAUGGCGUGCCGCUCGAACAAAGAAGCUGCCGCAUCAUCGUUGGGUGUUUUGUAGUUUUUGUUUUUCCAGAACUCUUCAGUUUGCAUUCCACACAGGCCACAGCUGUUAAAACUUCCAGACUUCUGUUGUUUUUGUUUUAUUUCCUGAUUGUAAAUCAAUAUAAAAUGGUGACUUCAUUCCUGCAUUAUGAAGUUGUGUAACCUCCAGCUGACCCGUAGAUGCUACGCCAACCACAGCGAGCAAAUGAAACACUCUUUGUUGAAGGAUUGUGGACAUUUAAAGUUCAGGGAUUCUCUUUACAACAUUUUGUAAAAAAAGAAAAAGAAAAAAAUGGAUGUACGUACUAAAGUGAUGUGACGGACUUUGGUACACAUUCUAUCUUUUAAGAUUACUAAAGGAGAUGAGUGUCACUACGGUUUGCUGAGAUGUGUCAACGGUGAAAUACUUUGGAGAAAAAAAAAGAACUUAGGUGCACUUAACUUUUUUAUACUAAACUUAAAAUUUAAAAUGUAAGUUUAGAAUAAAGGUUAUUUUGGAAAUUUGAAA